AUGCCUCUGCCAGCACCCGGCGAUGACGGUCAAGUGCAAUUCAUGUUCACGGUAGCUAGGCUCACGCCUGGCAGCAGCCAGCCACGCCGCCCAGAGAAUAAUGAAGAGGAGAUGCUCAAAUGUAUGCAGCUGUACAAACUCGGCGUGCCUCUUUAUACCCGUGAGGCGAUUCUAAACGCGUACGGUCAGCUGAAGGUCAGCAAACGAGGCGAUGUCAUCAAGGUCAUGGCCAUAGACGGCACUAGUGUCGACUUUAUCAUCAAUACUGGCAGAGUCUGGGUUGGUGCCGAUGGAUAUGAGCGUGAGCUUGGGAAACCUCGUCUGUGUUUCAUGCCCAUUCAAAGGCUGGAAAGCGGUGUCAUACCCAAUCAAGUGUACACCAUCCCCUGCAGUAUUCGCGUCGCCCACCGAGUCAUCACACGCGACCCGAUCACCAAGGAGAGAUUCGAAUAUGGGAUUACCGCGUUCGAGAAGGUCCGGUUGAACCUCUUCACCACUCUCCACUUCUGGCGGAAUAGCCCCUACUACCAGCUGCUCCGGCACCUGCUGGACGAGUACCCCAAGAUGCCCCGGAUCACCAAGAUCAUUGGUUUCGACUGCGGCAGUAUGUCCCGCGACAUGCAAGGCCAGCCAUCCAACAACUCCCGUGCUCGCUACCAGCAUGCAUUUCUCAUCGCGCUGAAGGAGUACCUUGACGCCCGCAACUUCGAGAACACUGGGCAGGAGAUUCGCGUGUACGUGCAGAAUGAGACGUACCUUGAGCGGGAUAUUGAGGUCAUCCGGCAGUUCGGGGUACAGGUGCUACAAGAUCCGGAGGGGUUCCUCGUUAUCGAUGAGGAGACCGUGGUUGUCGCAUGUCGACCCGAGUGCCCGGUGAGACAGGUGGUGGCAGACCUGGCGAUGCCGGCAAUGAUGAUCUGGGAUCAUGAGAGAGAUCCCACCAAGGUCAACGGGAUGCCUGUACAGUGCAUGUAA